ACUUACAUCGCUUCCUUGGGGGACUGGAUCACCGAUCAAGCUAAAAUUACAUUCGGUCUACGGCGGACUCGCGCAUCAAGAUCCCAGGGUGCUGCGCAGUUCAACUCCACAUAAAGACGUCUACACACACCUCUUUCGCCCUCAUUCCAGCUCAAACAAUGAUGGUCUCGCCUUCCUUGCCUGCGAGCCUUCCGGUGAUUCUGCUUUUGCUGCCCCUGGUCUGCAGCGAACCCAUCCACAUCCCGCUUGUCAAUCGAAGGACUGAUCGAGUCCGCACUCUUACCGACCACUUUGCUGCCGGGUCGUCUGCGCGGUCAAGAUAUGGCUAUGCUACCGGUCUUCCAUCCACGUCUUCAAGGAUUCGACGGGGUAGCACGAUCGACUUCUCAAUGGAAGACCAGGGAGCCGACGCGAGUUACAUUGGCAGUGUUUCCAUUGGCACGCCACCACAGACCUUCUCGGUUAUACUGGACACCGGAAGUUCCGACCUUUGGGUCGUGGACUCACAGUGUCUAAGCUGUGGCGGGGGCAGCUCCUUCACGUCUUCAUCUUCGUCGUCGUUUCUGCAAUCAAGCAGCCAAUCAGUGGAAAUCGUCUAUGGCUCUGGGCAGGUGGCCGGAACUGUAGCUACAGAUACUGUUAGCAUGGGCAGCCUCAGUGUUUCCUCGCAGGGGUUCUUAUUGGCAGAGCAGCUUACGCAGAAUCUCAUCCAGGGUCAAGUUUCCGGCCUGAUUGGUCUGGCCUUCCAGAGCCUAGCGCAGACGCAGGCUGUCCCUUUCUGGCAAGCCCUGAUCAACGCUAAUCAACUGUCGUCACCCGAAAUGUCAUUCCACUUGCUUCGCUCCUUAAGCUCGGGGGAUGCGCCAGGGGGGACAUUCACGCUCGGGGGCACCAACGCAUCGUUGUACACAGGGGACAUCGACUUCCAGAAUCUCGUCCAGUCUCCCGCAGGUGCGGCACAGACAUACUGGCUCUUGGACAUGUCAGCCGUCACGGUUCAAGGGAACGCGGUCACUCUACCACAGGGAGAUUCGGUCACAGCUGCUAUUGACACUGGAACGAGCCUGAUCGGUGCUCCCAGCAGCACCGUUUCAGCGAUCUGGGCUGCCGUUGAUGGGGCAAGUCCUCUCUCCGCCUCGAUAGGCCAAGGAUACUACCAGUUCCCCUGCUCUACCAACGUGAGCGUGACCCUCUCGUUCGGAGGCAAAGCCUGGCCUAUUAGCCCUGAGGAUAUGAAUCUGGGGCCCAUUCAGCAAGGCAGCUCUUUUUGCGUCGGAGCCAUAUUCGACUUGACGCUUGGCUCACAAGCCAGUUCAGGCAGUCCCGGCUGGGUGGUCGGGGACACUUUCCUGGUCAGCUCCUACUCUCAUCAGCAAUUCAAUUCUGUUUGACGACGAAUGUCGACAGAAAAAUGUGUACACCGUAUUCCGACAAAACCCAGCGUCUGUUGGGUUUGCCCAGCUUUCUUCGGACCCCACUGUGUCGUCUUCAACGAGUGGAACUGCUGUCAUCCCAGGGAACCCUGGCCUACCGACCGGGUCAGCGUCGGGAUCAGCGUCGGGAUCGACCUCGACGACUGUUACUUCUGCGGCGAUUGCCCUCGCUGUGCCCAGCAAGGCAUCCAUCCUGCUACUGUUUUUAGCCAUUUCAGCAAUUUGCGGACUGUCAUUAUAAUGUGAAUCUAUGUAGAUGCAGAGAAUUAUCAACGAUAUCGAAGAGAGACAAUAGAUAAUACUGUUCAUACAUGAGAACAAGACGCGAUGUCGAGAGUUGAAAUUUCAAGUGUGAUGGAUUGAACCCUUGAACGACAACCGACGCUUACCUUUCUUUAGGCUUUUUGGGCAUCAAACCACGCUGGGAUAACACCUGAAUACUCAACUCCAAUAAACUUAUCGUAUCGAUUGAUGCCUAAGACGUGGUAAUGGCCGAGAUGCUAAUGGGGUUCCGGUGACGAGUCCAGGAACCAAACAAACACGCGCUGCUUAGCAGCUUCCUCUAUGCCUAUCCCCAUUUCCUACGCCGAACGCGCUCGAGGCGCAGGAAAACCUACGUCUGCUCCGUCUCCCAGUCGCCAGCCAGUGCCCCGUGGGAGGACAACAAAUGGAUCCGUCGGCCCUGUUUUGAGUAGAGGCGGGGGAUUGAUUACCGAUGCUGCAGGUCCAUCCGCACCGGCAGCCGCUUCGCAUUUGGGGACGCCGGUGUCUCCAUCUCAAGCGCAGUCAACUCCAUCUAUUUCUGUUUCUACGAGCGCAUUGGCAGAUGACACGCUCGCACACACAACACCCAACUCGAGAACAACGACUGCGCCGCUCUCGCCUCAUCCCACAUCGCCGCCUUCCGUGUCUUCCUCUAACGCAGCCAUGUCAUCACCGUCUUCACCGACGUUCAUGUCAAAAGAGAGCCCUGCACCGCUCUCGCCCAAUGUCUGGGCUGUGCGCGCCGCUCAGCGUGCGUCUACUUCGUCCUCUCCAAAUCCGUCGCCACAUCGGUCUGCGUCCCCAGUGGGAUCCGCCGUACCGGUUCCUCUGCCUCCGCUAGGACCCCCGAGGGAUGAUGAAGAUGCGUUCGUCGUGCGCGUGAGGCAUUCGAACUCGACCGCCAGUGUGGGAAAUGGUGGACUGUCACCUAAGCGGAUGGGCGCUGAGAUGACGCGGCCAACUGCGGAAUCUGUCACGGUGAACGGACAUGGACUGGCAGCUCAGAGGCAAGAAGCGGGACGGGGAUCAACAGGACCUUCCUCUCCAUCUGUGUCUCCUCCAGCUUCUGUUGCCGUGUUCCCGCCAAAAGCACCGUCUCCCAAGCAAUCCUCCCGUCACCAAUCUUCAUCUCACACCCAAGCGAUUCAGCCAAUGCCAGUGCCACACCCAAGGUCUGGCGCAACCACCUCGUCCUCGGCUUCGGCUUCCUCAUCCCCUAAUCCCAAUCUAAAUCCGACUGUUGUUGCGAGCAACUCCCCACCUGCUUCAUCUUCGGCUUCGGCUCGCGGGAGCGACCGAAAAAUAGGGACAUCGCAAUUAUCGGUAUUUCCCACACCGGGAGAAGCCUCGCCUGCUACGGAGACGACGUCCAUACAGGUUAACGGGGCUUUGCUCUCCCCGUUGCCUCCGUUCUCGCGAUCAUCGCUCCCGGGGGAGGAGCCCCAGGCAUCUACCUCUCAACUGCCUGUCACAGCACCCCCAGCAAUAUCAACAUCGUCGUCGCGAUCGAGCUCGAAGAAGGGUCGAAAGUGGGUGCCGAUACCACCUGAAGAGUUGAGAGCUGCUGCCGAGGAGCACCAGAGAGCAACGAAUGGCUACAGCAACGAUUAUGGUGGCCACCGUCAUGGUCACGGUUCCGGUCGCUUCAACCGGGAAAGGAUGUCCAGGAAUUAUAGUCAAAGCCACAGCGGAACAACCUCGCGAGCAGAAAGUGUGGCUUCGGCCAGUCGCGGGUCAGUUGACCGAGCACCCAGUCCGAUUCCAGUGGUCAUGCCGCCACAUCUACAGUAUGGCACGGGGCAGAUGGCACUAGCACAGCCAUCUUGGGGCGGGUAUCAACCACCUCAGCCAAUGUACAACGCGCCGGCUUACUAUGGCGCACCAUACGGUUAUGAGCCUCCAGUACCGUACGGGGGCUACUGGGCCCCACCCUGGUAUCCGCCACCGCAGCCGCCAAUGCCUCCGCCCCUCGACACAAAGCCGGAACGGGAGCGGGAGCGGCCCCCUCCGCCAACAGAAUCAGCUCCGAUCUCCGUCUCCACCAGCUUGGGUUCGUUGCCCACUCAAGAGCCUUCGGUGGUGUUCGGGACGGUCGAUGAUUCAACCACCGAAAUGCCCGCCAGUGCCUCGCAGUUCCCGACAUCUGCAAGCGUGAACGCACAUUCGCCUGUGUUUGCAAUUGGCGUAUCGCCCAGGACGCAGGCAAGAAGACUGGAAGAGCAGCCGCAAAAGCAGAUCAUUGAUGUGACUGCUACGGAGCAUGGGCGAUGGGAGUUUGGUACAACCAGAGAAGAAACGCACGCGGAGAUUCCGAGUGGACAAUACUAUCAGCCACCACCACCACCUUGGAUGAUCUACGGGGGAUACGCCCCAUACGAUGGCCAAUAUAGCGCUCCGUACGCGAUGCCUCCACAUGGCAUGGCACCUGGUGGAAUCCCUCCUGCGGUGAUGGGAGCUGGAUAUGCAAUGCCUCAGCCUGAACCCGAUUGGCAGGUUAGGGACUUCGGGUACAAUUCUGGGCCUGGAUAUACGCGAGAACCAUUCAUGCCACGGCCGGAUCACAUGGUCCAGCACCCUGAUGGUCCGCUGGACUUUUCUGCUGGGGGGCGUGGAAGCUACCAUGGUGGAAGACGAGCGCGGGCCGGAUUCCGUGGCUACGGCAGAGGGGGAGGAUUUCAGCGAGGAGGAUUCCAGCAGCGACCGGCGCCGCCGUUCAGUGUAUUGCCGGCACCGGAGCUGCGGACUCGUAUCACGUUCCCGAUUGACCGGCUGCGAGAAGAGAUCCUCGGCCAGCUCGAGUUCUAUCUGAGUCCAGAUAACAUGGCAACAGACUUUUAUCUGCGGCAGCAGAUGGAUUCCGAGGGCUGGAUCCCCGUCGAGGUGCUCGGAUCGUUCAAGCGAGUGCAAGCGAAGACGAAGGAUCUCGCCCUCGUCCGCGAUGUGCUGAGCCUGUCCGAAUAUGCUGAGAUCCGGGGGAACUGGGUGAGGAGCCGAGAAUGCGGCAAGCGGUAUGUGCUGCCCACGGCGAAGCAGAGCGUCGUGGAGGUCGAGGCGGAGCGCAGUGUGUACGAUCUGGUCAUGCAGAGCAAGAGCAGCAGCAGCGAGUCCGUCCCAGCCGAGGAGGACGACGCAGAAGAGGACGACGAAGAGGACGAAGUCGUGUUUGUGCUGGACAACCACGAGGCAUCUGCCUGGAACCCGCAACGGAGAGUGUAGCCCGGGCCCGUUGCAUUUGCGUCAUCCCAUUUGUUGUAGGUUAUUGUACUACUCGCUCGCUGCUUCUUGCCUUACAUUGCCUAUCAUAUACGUACUUAUCUGUUACCGUCGAUACUUGUCCAGGUUCUGCUCGAUUUGCGCAUAUACGCUAGUGCCACCCAGUUGCUUCCGCUCCUCGUACUCCGGCGUGCCCAUCGGAUGGCCGCCGGACCGCGCGUCCCGGACAUGCAGCUUCUCAGGAGCCGGCAACAAACAUCUCGGCAGCGAUGUCGAGCUCGACACCGAUGCCGCGCCAGACGGGAGCAUGUACUCCGCUAAAACCAUUUCAGUCACCCCCGGAGGCUCGCUUGGUCGAGCCGCGGGACGCGUAGACCCGUAGCCGGUAUGCCUCGAUUUAGGCGUCGGAGAGUUCUGCGGAUACACGUUGCGGCUGUUCCUCCGCUGUUUCGGCAUCCAGGUGGCUCGCUGCUCCUCGCCGUGCGGGCGGCGUGGAAGUUGUGUCAUCGGCUGGCACAUGUGCGGCUUGACGUCGUCGUCGUCGCCGGGCUGCGCACGAGUCGCUUGGGGAGGCUUCUCCGAGCUGGCCCGCCGCCUAAAGAAGAACAGCCCUGCCAACAGGAUCACGGCACCGACAGUCGACAGUGGCACGACGAAGGCAGCGGCAGGUGGAGGCGCGGCCUUGGUCGUAAGCACAUUGGCGGUUGACAGUGGAAACACCGAAGAUUUGAUCGCUUGCGUUGUAGCAGCCAAGUUUGGCGCCGGUUGUGUCUCUGAGAAGAAGUAUUGACUUUGUUGAGGCGGAGACAGAGAAGACGAGAUGACGGGAACGGCUUGGCUUGGAGCGAAAGGUGCUUGAGCUGCGACUGGUGCUUGAGGAACGUUGGCGGCUGCGGCUGGUAAGGAUUGUUGGAUAGAGUUGGGGCCGGAUGAGGCUGCGCCGGUGGCUAGGAAACCGGUGAAGGAACGUCGUCGAGCACUUUGGCAAAGACCGCUUACGAUCGAUGGUGAACACUGGCGACCGCAUCUUCGCACCGCCAGCUGCGCUUUCCUCAAGCAAGAUAUAGUAUUGGCCCGAGUCCUGAUCCAAAAGCAUCCCUCGAAGAGAAACCGGCGGGAGCGGAGACAACAGAAGCAGGGCUGGCACAGAGCUUGAGUGUCGGGGACGAGAGCGCGGCAGAUGCAAGCCAUUUGACAGGGAUUGUUGUCCCGGGAGCGUAGAUGUCGCCUCCGAGCGGAGUGGCCCAUCCAAUGCUUGAGGGGGAGUUUCGGGACGAUAGUUCCGAGCUGGCUUUUGACAUUGCGUUCAGGAUAGACUCGAGAUUAGGGAAACUGAAACUAAAGGGGAGAGAUUUGAUUCGGGUAGUCCGAGCGAGAAUAGGACGCCGCCCACGGCGCUUGCGAUGAAUCAUCUUGAAAUCAAUGGGAUCAAGAGACGAAGGAGUAAAGACAGUGGGGUUGGCUGUAAGAUAAU